AUAUACCGAACUUUCUGAUGAAAUACUUUCUGAUGAAGAUUAUGAUGCAAACGAAGGCUCAAAUACAUUUAAUUCUUUUGAAGAUAAUCAUCAAAAAAGGGAUUCAACAAAAAAAAGGAAAUGUGAAAUUUCAUCAACAAAUGAUAAAAAUAAUAACGACCAAACAACAUUAUCAACUUUGAUUAGUUCAUCACCUGAAAAUAAGAGAGUCAGGAUCGAAGCAUCAGACGAACAAUCAUGGUUUCAACAUGAUGAAAUUAACAUGCAGCAACUUUAUAAAAUUAACAUGCAGGAUGCACAAAAUGCAACUUCCCAUGUGACCGUCAGCUCACUACAUGCUGAACAAUCGCAUGCUUCGUCGUCAUCAAAUAUCAUCUCCGCUUCAAACGCAAAUGCUCUACUUAUUGAAAAUACUACACAAUAUGCUUCUAAUAGUAUGCGUGUUCACCAUAGUACAUUUGUACCAGUCUGGUAUAUUUCUCUAAAAGUUCUUCUAGUAGAUGAUGACUUG